AUGACCGGCCACCACGGCUGGGGCUACGGCCACAACGACGGCCCCUCACACUGGCACAAGCUGUAUCCCAUUGCCCAGGGAGACCGCCAGUCCCCAAUAAAUAUCGUAUCCAGCCAGGCUGUGUACUCGCCCAGCCUGAAGCCACUGGAGCUUUCCUAUGAGUCCUGCACGUCCCUCAGCAUCGCCAACAAUGGCCACUCUGUCCAAGUGGACUUCAAUGACAGUGAUGACCGAACUGUGGUGACUGGGGGCCCCCUGGAUGGGCCCUACCGGCUCAAGCAGCUCCAUUUCCACUGGGGCAAGAAGCACAGUGAGGGCUCAGAGCACACGGUGGAUGGCAAGUCAUUCCCCAGCGAACUGCACCUGGUUCAUUGGAAUGCCAAGAAGUACAGCACCUUUGGGGAGGCGGCCUCAGCACCCGAUGGCCUGGCUGUGGUUGGUGUCUUCCUGGAGACGGGGGACGAGCACCCCAGCAUGAACCGUCUGACAGAUGCACUCUACAUGGUUCGGUUUAAGGGCACCAAGGCCCAGUUCAGCUGCUUCAACCCCAAGUACCUCCUGCCUGCCAGCCAGCACUACUGGACCUACCCUGGCUCCCUGACAACACCCCCACUGAGCGAGAGCGUCACCUGGAUUGUGCUCCGGGAGCCCAUCAGCAUCUCUGAGAGGCAGAUGGAGAAAUUCCGGAGCCUGCUUUUCACCUCAGAGGACGAUGAGAGGAUCCACAUGGUGAACAACUUCCGGCCGCCGCAGCCACUGAAGGGCCGUGUGGUCAAGGCCUCCUUCAGGGCCUGA